GUUAGACUUGUAGCACAGGGGUCAUUCCAACAUUUCCCCACAUGGAUAUUCUGGGGACUCCACGAUCUCUCCAGUGGAGAGUUUUAUCCUCGUUGAUCAAUUAGUGCUGAGGAGGUGAGUUGGAUUCUGUCACUUGUGAUACCAUCAGGGUGUUUAUUGUGUAGGAAACUCAGAAAAUUAUUAGUGUUAAGAAAAAUGCGUAAAAUAAUAACCCGAAUUAUUAUGGUUUAAAAAAAUAAAUUAAUCACUCAUUCUUUUUUUUAUUUUAUCUCCGUUAAAAAAUAUGGAUAUCUGUCUAUAAAAUUUUUUUUUUUUUUUUUUACUAUUGUUAUUUUCAAUUUCUUCCAACUGUCCAUUGGUUUUCUUUCUCUCUUUUCCUCUGUAGCCAUUUCUCUCUGUCUUUAUCACUCAAUUUAACCACAGUUAUUGUUCUGAUUCCUUUACCGAAGUUAUUGUUCUAAUUCCUUUACCAUAUUUAUUGUUCUAAUUAAUUUCUAGUCACAGUUAUUGUUCUAAUUCCUUUACCACAGUUAUUGUUCUAUUUUUUUUACCAUGUAAUUGUUUUAAUUUCUUUACCACAGUUACUGUUCUAAUUCCUUUACCAAAGUAAUUGUUCCAAUUCCUUUACCACAGUUAUUGUUUUAAUUCCUUUUACCAAAAAAGAUUUUUCUAAUUCCUUUAUCACAGUUAUUGUUUUUAUUCCUUUACCACAGCUAUUGUUCUAAUUCUUUUCCUCCGUUAUUUUCUAAACGAUUUCUGUCCGUCGCCUCUAACCGGACAAUGUGACCACUUGACCAUUGGUGGGUUUAAUUCAUUGAGUCUCACAGGAAUCCAACAAAUGAGUUCAACCAUGUUGACAUAACUGAAAGGUUUUCUUAUACCAAACCAAAUAGCGUAGAAGCGAUCUGCAUGUCAGACCUGAUUGUUGCUAUCUGUGUUGACAAACAUUCCCGUGGCCCCUGUCGUCUGAUAACAUGGGGUCAUGUGUCACUAGACUCUUCGUAAUGUUAGACUAUUAAAUGUAUUCUUCCCCUCCCCCCAACCCUUUCUUUACUCAUUUGUUUCACUAUUUCUUUCUUUCUUUAAUGCUUUCUUUGCUUCUUGAUUUUUUCUUGUGUUUAUUUCCUUUUUUUUCUCCUUCGUUCGCUCUAAACUCUUCAAACAUAAUUCUUUGAUUUCUUACUGAUUGGGAAAUAUAACACGUUGUUUCACCUUUCAUAGACUCCUGCGCGCAUUGUGACGAUGAUGUUGGCAGUGCGCCUUAACGCCGCGUGUUUGCUGGUGGUGUUGGCUAACACGUCGGUGCACCUGCGCAGAAGAAGUAGUGACCCAGCGUUGGAGACGUGUUCACCUCUUUGUGACGUAGAGACUGAAUUGGAAGUGAGUCACAAAUCUGAUUUUUUUUUUUAAAGUUACAAAUUAAGUGAAGAAUUUCAGGGAAACCUCACGGUACUCUAGUGGCGCAGUAUAUUUAGAAGAGAAAAGGAUGGCCCCCGGGACCCCUCUUUAGCUGGAGGGUAUUCCCCCCAACCAAACCCUCCCUGCGUGUGUCCCGUUUUUUUCCAGUUCACGAUUUGCUAACCCUAUGCUAUGGAAGACAUUGAAAAAACGCUAAGGAAAAAUGAAAAAUAGAAACAAUGUUGGCCGUACCUGUUAACAUGGUGUCGCAAUCGUCAACAAGCUUGACCAAUUAAACACUUGGAGAUGUUAAAAUUAUAGAAAGAUUGCAUCUAUUUCUAGUUAUCCACAACAUAAAGAACUACAUAUCACAUGACGGCGUCUUAUUCUUUGACCUGAAUUCGAAGUAGGUCAGUUCUGUUUUGGACUCCAAUGAUAUAACCUUGUGUUAUUGUUCUUAAUGAAACGACAUACGAAAUGUACUUUGGCUGAGAACUAAAUAUGAAAUCAAGUUUGAAAUGAAUGUUUUUAAAAAAAUUUGAAUUAUGUCUUGGAAAAAAAACAGGGCACGUCGCUCCUGUAAAGUUUUAAAGACCCCCCCUCCCCCGAAUGCCACUUUUUGUGUGCUUGUGUGGGGUAUGGCGGCAUGGGUAUAUGGAAGUGAGUGGGGGAAAUGGGGUUAAAGCUAAAAAGUAUAUUAAAUUAAAUUAAAUGGACUUCAUUAUUGGAAACAUCUAGCCAAUGGAAAUUCAUAUCCGUCAAAUGGGGCUUCACUCAUUGGGGGUAGGGGGGGGGAUAUCAUUGGGGGGGGGGUAAAAAAAAGUGGGGGAGGGGGUUGAUAAAUUGUGAAUAAUAGUUUUUCAAAAUGCUUCAACAUUAAAUUCUAAAAAAAGUGUUAAGGAUACAGUAAAAACGUACCGGUGCUCAAAGUCUUAGUAGAUCGCUUGUUAUUGGAUGAAAUACGUAAAUGCCUGUUUUUUUUAAUGUUUUUUUUAUUUUUACUUUUCAAAUAAUAUCUAUUGUUGCUGUGACUCCUACAGAUGCAGUGCGCCUUAUCUAAUGGCUGUUUUGACAUCCAAGACCAGGACUCUGACUCUGGCGCGUUUUCUGAUUGUUGGGCGCCGUGUUGGGAGCUGGUCAGUCCAUGUUUUAAGUGAGAAACAGUUAUUUCAUAAAAAAAUCUCUGUUUAUCUUGACCACAAAAGCUAGCCAGCGACCCUUGAUUUCUUGAGUCUAGGGCUCCAUUUCACAUCACACGCCAGGGGCCAUUUGAAAGCUUUAAAAAAUUUGAGGAAAAAAUAUUGGAAUUAACUAUUAAACUUUUUUGGGGCCAAGAUGUUGAAAGCGUAGUGCAAGUGCUUGUUCUGCGUCAGCGGUUCUGAACCUGUGUGUCGUAACCCCGGGGGGGGGGGGUCGCACGACCCUUUCACAGGGGUCGCCUAAGACCACCCGAAAACACAUAUUCUCCUCAGUUAUACAGUUAUAAAGUAUUAUUUUCGUUGGGGGUCGCCACAACAUAAGGAAAUGUAUUAAAGGGUCGCAGCAUUAGAAAGGUUGAGAACCACUGUUCUGCGAUGUUGGUAAUUUCUAUAUACUAUGAAAUGUGUUGCACGUGUGAUACGUCACUUAAUCAUUCAAUAGCAUUAAUGCAUCAUUACCUAUGAUCAUCAUCAUCCUUAUCUUUGCAGCCUGUGUGUCCAGAGCUUUGAUCUCUUUUUGAAGCAGUGUUUCAACAGUUGCCAGUCGACUCCUGAUGACCAAACGUGCAUGACGGCAUGUUUUUACAUUAUGUUUUCGAACCUGAAAAACGAGUAGGUUCUCUCUUGGAUGCUUUCAAAUAACUGACUUUUUUUAUAUUGAGAAGCUCAUUUAAGUUUGACGUCAAUAUUUUUUUUACUGGGAGUUGAAGAAAGGGGUGUUUAACCCAGAAGAAAGGGUGUUUAGUCGGAGCAAAUGGUGUUUAGCUGAAGCAGUGCAUUGGUUGGUAUAAGAGAGAGAGAGAGAGAGAGAGAGAGAGAGAGAUACAAUUGGUCGGCGUAAUGUAGUAGAGCCGUAACUUUGCUUUUGGAGGUCCUCUUCAUUCAAACUUGAUAGCUAUGUCACCCCUACGUUACAAAAUUUUUGGCCCCUUAAGUUUCCGCACCCGCCCUGCAGGGCCAUGCCACAGCUCAAAAUGAAGGCAACGCUGGGGAAGAGCCAAACCUCCUUUCUCCCGGAGUCGUUUUAAAGGAUAUGUUUGUAAGAACUACCGAAAACGUAUAGAUUUCAGAGAUUCAUUUGUAGAUGACAAGCUCACUAAAUAAAGUACAGUAGGUAAUAUAUGUUUUUUUUUUUAAUUUAAAAAAAAUUCACAAAUAUUUUUAGUAUCAUAAUAUUUCGCUUUCGAUUACUUAAGCACUUUACCCCAAUUUAUCUUAUUUGUUUUCCCUACAAGCGUGCUAUACGGAGGAAUGAACGGUACACAUAUCAACGACUCAACCAGCGCACAAGUGGACACAGCAACGCCAUCAUCAUCAGCAUUAGAAAGCUCCUCCGUCGAUUCAUCAUUGACAUCCUACACGGCCAGAUCCACCAACGUCAUCCUUGCGGCAUUGGAAAUUGACCAAAUUCUGGAUGGGAGCAUCAUAGAAGACGUCUCGACGGAACAUCUGGCGCAACCUUUAAGUGACUUGGAAAAUACAGUGAGGUAUGGCGAUAAAUUAAACUCCAUCGAACUGCCAGAUUUCGUGGAAAAGGUUGACUCUAUCCAGGCGAAGGCAAUUGAAGACGAGACGGCCAAAGAAGGCCGGACACUGCUUGCAGUCUUAACAAGUCAGCAGCCACCAAGAAACGAUUCCAGAUCCGAGUCGUCACAAGGGAUUCUCCCUGAACCAACAAAUGGUACCUACAGCUCUGUAUCGGGUCAGCAGCUCGAUGACCUCCACUCUGUGAAGCACUUCGAUGGCAGAGUCCUAAAAAUCUUACUGGAAAGCUACGAUCGUUCCGUCAGCGACUAUCUCAAGUCCAAGCGCUUUCAACGUAAGAAUUUCUCAGGUGGUUCGUCUCAGAAUGCGAGCCAAAUCACGAAUUUUGAGCAAGGUACAGAAGACCCCGGGCCAACAGAUUUUACAUGGAGCCUACUUAAGGAACUAACAUCAUUACAAAGCUCAAAUACCUUCACGGUCUCUCAAGUCAAGCCAAAGCUGGAACAAGGUUUCAAAAGGAUCGAAGAACGCCAAAACUACUUGGAAAUAUUGAAGAUGGCGAAUUUGAAAUUUUUACAACUGGACGGUCUGACAGGUCCCUUACCUAAAGACACGACGCUGGAAGCUUACCUUCAGAUUUCAAGGCGACGGCCAGGCUUGGACUCACCAGUUCUGAUUGGCUGAGUAAAGUUUAGGGCCUCUGUGCCUGAAUGAAGGCUGGGAUCUGAUAUUUCUUUUUAAUUUUGUGAUUUGGAGAUCAUCGAAUGAACAUCCCAUGAAUGAAGAUUAAGACAGGUUUUAAAGUUUGAGAACCUUCCUUCAGCUGGUUUGGUGGAGCUUCCUAUAGUUCACUUGGAUGGUUGAGAACGAUUGUUAGUCAGGAUUUUCCACUCAAGUUAUCAUUUCUAUAUGAACGAUUGAUCUCAUGUUGACGAAUGUAAUGGCUCAGUGACAAGCCUGGGCAACUCAACUGAUGUUUGAAGUUGUAUGUAUCAUGUUAUGACUUAACAUGCUAGAAUGUAGACAAGAGCGGUGUAAGAUGACAUGCUAGAAUGUUAGACAAGAGCAGUGUAAGAUGACAUGCUAGAAUGUUAGACAAGAGCAGUGUAAGAUACUAGACUUUCAGACAAGGGGCAUUGUAAGAUAACAUGCUAACGUGGUAGACAAGAGCAGUGUAAGAUACUAGACUUUCAGACAAGGGGCAUUGUAAGAUUACUUGCUAACGUGGUAGACAAGAGCAGUGUAAGAUACUAGACUUUCAGACAAGGGGCAUUGUAAGAUUACUUGCUAACGUGGUAGACAAGAGCAGUGUAAGACGACAUUCAAACAUUUAGACAAGAGCAGUGUAAGACGACAUUCAAGCAUUUAGACAAAAGCAGUGUUAGAUGACAUAUUAUUAUGUAGACAAGAGCAGCGUUAGACCACAUGCCAGAAUGUUAGACAAGAGCAGUAUUAGACAACAUGCUAGAAUAUUAGACAAGAGCAGUGUUAGACCACAUGCCAGAAUGUUAGACAAGAGCAGUGUAAGACUACAAGCUCGGCUUCCUUUACUGCAAAUUGUUUAUUUCACAUGCCCUCUCCUUUGUAACACCCUUAUGGGAUGAUUUUAAAAUAUUUUUGUAACAUAACUUUAGUGUUAAAAUUUGUAGCUAACAUGAUUUAAAAAUUGAAUACAAUUUUAAACUUUAUUUUAAUCUUGUACAUGUACUUUUAUUUGUCCAAUCUUUGAUUAAUGUUUUGAUUUUAAAAAUUAAUGUGUUUUUUGAACGAUUAUUUCAAAUGCAUUGAAAGAUUAAGGAAUCUGGACUUCAUGUACCCGAACAAUCAUUGAAACUUUAAAAUUUCAUAAUCAAUUUCACUAUCCAAUUGAGGACAUUUCCUGUCUCAAUAUAUCCUUUCAGGCAGGGGUCAGCAAACUUUUUUUUCACGGCGGACCGCAUACUCCUUCUGUACAAUACUUGCAAGCCAGAACGGAAGCUCUGGCAAAUAAACCGAAAAACUAAGUUAAAUAUUCCAUGUUAAUCAUGGGUGAGUGGCGUGAAAUGUACAAAAACAAACACAACCACUUUCCUCACACCAGCCAUGAUUUCGCCUCCACCAGCCGUAACGCCUCGAAGCUGAUUUCCACUGAGGGUUAAAGUGUGCAAAACUUUGCGCAUUGCCAUGAACACGUCUUUUUCCACUGUUGUUCCACGCAUGCUGCAGAUGGAUGACAACUCUUCCGUUAUCUGGAAAGCCCAAAUCAAUACCUCAAAAGCACACGAGAAGUUGUGAUGUACUCGAGAGAUCAGUAGACUCAUCCAGCGCCAGAGAAUACCGCAUCAAGUUCUUAGCUUUCUCAAAAAUCUGUAGAAUUAUGUCCUCUCCGAGUUCUCCUGUUCUCCACACGACUGAACUUUCCGAAAAGUUGAUAGAUUCACAUUAUUUUGCAGUUUGUUUUAGUAAUAAGACUAUCAUAUAUUAGCGGGAAUAAGCUAAAUGGAUAUUGAUUCUUAUUUUUUUAUUUUUUUAAACAAGCUUUUACUUUUAAAAAAAACAACAAACAAAAA